GUAGCUUGAGGUAUUGCUAGAGCGAACAAGCGCGAGGGAGCGAGCAACGCCAUUUUCUCGAUUCGCGGGUGAAGACUGCGUGCAGUGUGUGAAUCAUUUGGCAAAGUUUUUUCACGUUUCUGCUUAACGACGUCGAAAUUACGAGCUGUCCAACGGCUCUGGUGCAUUUAUCAGUGUUAUGUAUAGACACGCGGCCAGCUGUACGGUAGAUAUGGUGAGUUCAGAGAGAUCGAAGCGCUCCCGGGAGACGUGACGUCUUGUCAGUCGGCCUUUUCCCAUUCCCCCUUCUCGGUGAGCUCCCGUAGGGAUGGGUCGUGCAGAGUUGUCGCUUAUGAUAACGUAACACAGACUAAACGGUUAACGGAGCGUUCGUUCGAAAUUCUUGUCAGCUACGAUUUUACGUGUAAUAAAAAGAGUCUUGAAGGAAUCAGGAGUCCGUAGAAUGUAUGGUUCGAGCCAAUGGGCGGAGGUUUAGGGCGGCACAUGGCUGUUGGGGCGCCGGCUGUGCAGGGGGUGGUUUUCCCGACGCUAGUUCGAACUGACGAAAAUUCACCGUUCUUGUCAGUCACUGUACUGUGUGCGUAUGUAUCUUUUAAUCGAGAUCGCGUGUAAUUGCGGCCGGUCACGGUUCGGAUAACAAGUUCAUAGUGACAGUGGAAAGAGAAGUACUCCGUUAUAUGUCUCGAUUUUCUUACCGAAGAGAAGAAGCAACUGGAGGCUUCAGCCUUUCGCGGAUUACGCGCGUCUCUCGUGUGCUGUUCUGCAUUUUCUUCACGUAAAGCUCGGACAAAGGAACCAGCAGUGAUCACGGACGAUUCUCUUCGAAGAGAAAUAUUUGGCUAUCUUUGUGUUGCUGCGAACCAACUACAACGGGCAACGUCUCUAGAAAGCGGUGAGUGAUCUUUGAAGGGAAGGUAAAAGGCAAGUGGAAAGAAAAUGCCGCUUCCAAAGCGACUAGUGGAGCCGGUGCUCGUCGCACGCGGUACUAUUCCCGAGAAUUUUCCUCUGCCCUCGGAGUUAGAGGCUGUAACGAAUGGCACGCUGGCCAACACGAUCAGGCAAUUGUCUAGUCUGUCCAGGCACGCCGAGGAUCUGUUUGGUGAGCUCGCGAGGGAAGCUCAUGGAUUGAGCGAUAGGGCCAACUCCUUGCAAGCCAGGAUAGAUCGAUUAGCUGUGAAAGUUACUCAGCUUGACAGUAACGUCGAGGAAGUCUCGUUACAAGAUAUACACAUGAGGAAAGCGUUUAAGAGUUCAGUGGUGUUCGACCAACAAGUUGUUUCCAGGGACACCAUGCCAACGGCGAUGUUAGAAACUUAUCAUCAAUGUGACACACCACCACCUCUUGAUAAACUUAAUGUUUAUAGGGAGGACGGUAAGGAUGGACUGAAAUUUUACACAGAUCCGAAUUAUUUCUUCGAUCUCUGGAGUCAGGAAAUGCUGAAGGAUACGGAAAAGAAGUUACACGAUCGAGGGAAAAAGACCGAGUCUGAAUAUGCCGAACCGUUCAGAGAGCCUCAUAGGCCUCGGAACGAGGGUGGUGGUGGUGGCGGUGGCAGGCAUAAGAAGCGUAUAAGGCAACCGCAUAAUACGAGAGAAAGGCAAAGACAGUUAGCCGUUGGUCAUGGCGAGUACAUUAUGCCAACGCAAGGUGUUCAAUACAGAGCACCUCACAAUAUACCUGAUGAAUCGUUACUGGGAAUGGUGAUGACCGAACCACGGCCACCUAGGCCAAACAGCAUUGAACUUAGACGAAGUUAUCCACCGGAGGAGCAACAUCUGUACAGUCCUCCUUCUUCCGAUCAUUAUAGGGUGGCAAAUUACGUGGCUCAGGGCUAUGAAGACAACUUGUACGGCUCACAUUAUGGCACAGGUCAAGGGCAAGCGGGUAGCGAAACGUACCAGAGUCCUGGUGGUCAAAGUACUCCAAGCAGAAGUGGUAGAUCACGACCAUCGCAACCACCACCAGCUCCGCCAAGCAAUACUUCUAGCAAUUCGACACCUACUGUAGCCUCUGCUAACAAUACUCCAACACGAGGAAGAUCGAUGAGUACUGGUAGAGAUACCCUACCACCACCACCUCCGCCUCCUGGUGAAACCAUGUCCUCUCCUCCUAUGAAUGGUUCAAUACCGUCACAUCUACUGAAUAGGAACGGAAGUCGCUCGAAUAGUCCGCUACCCAGUCAUCACUCUACGCCUACUCCUCCAAAUCAUUCGACACAAAUAGGAACAGAUGAGACCGACCCUGCUCCGCAAGACUUGCCACCUCCACCUCCGACUCCUGAUCCCACACCACCUAGACCUAUUUCUCCACCGUGUAAUAUUCCACCUCCACCUCCACCACCUCCGCCACCGCCUGUUGUUAACGGACCAUCGCCCCCUGUGCCAUUGACCAAUGGCGAUAUUGCUAAAAUGAUAGCAACUAACCCACCUAAGUUGAAACCCCUGAAACCUUUGAAGAACAUCGUGGAUGGACAAUUGAGGAAGCCUGUUAAUCCGAACAUCCCCCUUGUCGAUCCGCGGAAUGAUCUACUUAAAGCAAUUAGAGAUGGAAUAAAAUUACGUAAAGUAGAGAAGAUUGAACAGAAGGAAGUGGAACGUGUGAACGCAUUGAACGAUGUCGCAUCCAUAUUGGCACGACGCGUUGCUGUCGAGUUCAGCGACAGUGACUCAGCAUCGGAGAGCGAAUGCGAUAGCGAGGGAUGGGGCGAGCAGGAAACGAAUCUCGCGUGACCCAGCUCACUUCCAUCUACCGCAACUGCCUCCUAGAAAAAUGGCUGACGAUUCUUUCGUUUCGUUCAUUUUCAACGAAAGUUCCAAUUCUGUUGCUCGUCGCACAAGCAACACGCUUUGUUUGCGCAUAGAUGUCGAAUAGAAAUAACAUGAUCCGAUGAUUGAUGUAAUUGGUGUAUAACGAAGAGGCACUGAAUUUGAAAGUAGAAACAAAAUCAGCGAAUUUCGUUGCUCAAGAGAGCAUACAAACGCGAAUUAUUAUAAGUAAUAUCAUUAAAAGUAUAACUGUGUAGCACUAUAACAGUGGUUAUUUUUAUUAUACACCAUUUUAGCACCUUUAACAAAAAUAUUUUCUUUUUUGUCACGAACAAAUAUUUAAUAAUUUUUUUUUGUAUAAAUUAAAUAAAAAGAAAUUUGUUUUCACGUUAAUUACAAGCUCACUUUAUAGCAUGUAUCUAUCUGAAGACUAUGAUAGAAAGAAACAUUUAGCUUUUCUCAGACGAUUCUAGGAAUCGUCAGCCAGAGAUCUUUUAUUUAUUGAAGGAGAGUCUACAAAGUGCAUGUAACAAGAGUUUAAGAGUUCGUGUAAAUUUAGACUAUUUUUGAGGAGCUAUAUAAAAUACACUUUUCCUUUACAUACAGACGCUUCCACUUUGUUUUACUGUUACAAAUAAAAGUAUGAAAGUUUACGAAAUAUAUAUAAAUGCAUGUUUUUUUCGAUUCUCCGAUUUUUAAGCAGAAUUCAACGAACGUACAGCAGAUUAUCUCGAGUAGUAUAAAGGACAGUGAGUAGGAAGAAGAUACGCACAUGAAACGAUUUCCUAUCAUUGCUCGAUGUCGAUCAUAGAGGAAGUGAUUUCUUUCGGACACAUUCCAUGAUAAUAUCAAUACCAUAUAACGGAAUAAAUUUGAGUUUUCAUUUCAGAGACCCGAUCGUCCAUGUUGCUACGACUAUAUGUGUAAGUCCUUACCUAAGACAAGCAACUGUUCUAUAUGUGUUAUAAUGCAUUGCUCCUGAAGAUGUGUAUUGUACGUAAACUAAACCAAAUUCAAAGCUAAUACUUUUGUUCUCCUUUUCGUGUUUAAGCCUGUAAAAUAUCUGUAUUUUAAAUGUUUUUGUAUGCUUGUCUACUAGAUAGGUAUAUGUAUGCGCGCUCUAUCACAACGAGAGUAAUAAACAGAAGUUUCCCAAUUUUUUCUACGUUUUCAAAUGAUCUUCCAUGUCGCGCCCACAAUAAAAGCGAUAUCGCGAGGUAUGAAAUGUCCUUUUUAUCAGCGAGGGGUCGAAACCAAAAUACUCUAUUUACUUGUAAUAUGUAAGGACAAUGUAAUUACCGAAUGAGUGAGAGGAUUCAUAUUUUUUAGCAUUUAGCGGAAGAAUAUAAUAUACUAAUGUUGCAAUGAGGAUUACAGUUGCCAAUUUUAAGCGUAAAAGGGAAAAAAUUAUUGUGAUUUAUUUUGCAUCGAUGUUGGCGAAAUAUGAUGACUAUUGGUAAGAUAUGGUAUAUAUGUAUACAUAAACAUUACACACACAUACACACACACACACACACAUAUAUAUAUAGAGAGAUCGUUAAGAUUAUUGUAUAAUCUUAUACGCUCGAACGAUAAGAAGUGUUCAGGAAAUUUGUCUUUAUUCUUCUAGUUUCCGAACGUUACCUAAAUGUUUAAAGAGAUAAGAGGAAGUCUUCGUUGUCUAAGAAAGACUGAAGUCAGGAGACGCCUCUUGUUAGUUGGUUAGUUGGUUGAAUUAGCACUUUUUCUUUUAUUAUGUACGAAAGAUGUUCGAUUGACUCGAACCGCGCGAAAAGUAAUUUAUAUUUACCAAUAAUUUUCGCUAGCUUUGAAAGAAGCAGCGUUUUAUCUUGUAUAAAGUGUGCGAGGUUUAGGAGCUAAAGUUGGAUGGCUCCACAAUAAUGUAGCAUACAAUUCACCGGCAACGAUACGUGUACAUUCAAAUGAUUUUAAAAUAUAGUCAAAACGCCAUUAUAUAAUAGAAAUAAUAAUAACAAAAAUGAUAAUAAUAAUAAUAAUAGUAUUAAUAAUGUAAUGAACAGUCGAUCAGUCUGUGCUAUGUUUAUACACCUCUCACACUCACACACACGCACGCACGCGCGCGCGCGCGCGCGCACACACACACACACACACACACACACACAAAGAUAAUAUAAUUCGCAAUAUAAAUUUAUUAAGCGUAAGACUAUUAGCCGUAGGUAUAUACUUUUAACUACUUCGCCAACUACGACACAGUAUUUAUGGAGAAUUGUUUUGUAACACGACGAAACGAUGAGAAAGCGUUUCAGUUGUAAGCUUAAAUAUCGUGCAACUUUGUAUGAAUGUAUAUUAUUAUGUCGUCGAUCGUGCUUUCCGCGAUGAUGUCGCGUACUACACUAUUGCGAAGCUGUUGUACCUAAAUAAGAUGGUUAUUCCAAAGCUUAAA